AUGUUGCUGGCGGAUCAGGGUGCCGACGUUAUCCGGGUUGACCCUCCCGGCGGACCCCGCUGGAAGACCCCGGCCAACUCAACGUGGAACCGAGGCAAGCGGAGCAUAACCCUGGACCUCAAGCGGGCGGAUGACUCGGCCAUUGCCCGGUCCCUCAUGCAGAGCGCCGAUGUGGUGGUCGAGAACUUCCGGCCCGGGACCAUGGACCGAUUGAGGCUGGGACCCGAGGAGAUGACUCGGGCCAACCCCCGCCUGGUUUACUGCUCCAUUCCGGGAUUUGCGUCCGACGAUCCCAGAGCGGCCAUUCCGGCUUACGAAGGAGUUGUGGGAGCGGCGUCGGCCACCUUCCGCCCGCCCAACGCCGAUAGCCCGCGUCCGGUCUAUACGGCCAUUCCCAUCGCCUCGGUCUAUGGGGCCUUCCAGUCGGUAGUGGCCAUCGUCGUGGCCCUGAACGCCCGGGAGCGCCAUGGCGUGGGGCAACGUAUUGAAGUCCCCCUUUUUGACAGCAUGUUCCAGUCCCUGGGGCGUUUCGGAGUGCGGGUGCACAACGCUCCGCCGGCGAUUCCGACGCUGCAGGAGUUGUGGGGCGGCAUCUUCCAGUGCAGCGACGGCCAGUACGUGCGAUUCGGCGGCUCCGGCAACCAGAACUUCCGGCCGUUUGUUGAAGCCGCCGGGAUUACAUCGUGGGAUGACGAGGGCCUUACCGACUUCGACCGCCCCCUGGACGUCCCCCAAUUCCGCGCCGAGGCCCAGCAACGGAUUCGGGAACUCUUUUUGACUCGUACUGCACAGGAAUGGGAAGACCUGAUCGCCGAGGCGGGCAGCGAGGGGGCGGUCUGCCGCACCAGCGCCGAGUGGUUUGACCAUCCCCACGCCCGAGCCUCCCAGAUGGUGGUGGAGGUUGACGACCCCACCUACGGCAAGAUGCUACAGCCGGGAAUCAACGCCCGGAUGUCUUUGACACCGGGCAGGGUGCGCGGUCCGGCCCCCACUCUCGACCAGCAUCGGGGAGAAAUUCUCGCGGAGUUGAAACCUCGCCCCGCUUCCGAGGCGCCGGCGCACCAGGACGCCAUGAGUUCCGCCCUUGACGGGGUGAAGAUAGAUAACCCCAGCCGCGGCUCCACCGUGGCCCGGCAUAACGACAUCAACCGGGGCAAGCGCAGUAUCCUGUUGGACCUGAAAUCUGAAGAGGGGCGCGACGUUUUCUGGAAGUUGCUGGAGGAUGCCGACGUGGUGGCCCAGAACUAUCGCGCCGGCAGCCUGGAGAGGCUGGGCCUGGGAUACGAAGAGGUGAGAAAGCGCAAGCCCGACAUAAUCUACGCUUCAUUGAACGCUUACGGGCACAUCGGCCCCUGGGCGGAGCGCCCCGGUCACGAGGGGUUUGCCCAGGCCACUGCCGGGAUGACCCGUCGUUUCGGCGGUGAUGGUAUGCCCGAGUCGCAGCCCAACCCGGUGAACGACUACGGCACGGGUUUCAUGGGCGCCUAUGGGGUGGCCCUGGCCCUGCUGCACCGGCAGCGCACCGGAGAGGGCCAGCACAUAGACUCAGCCCUGGCCUACACGGCCAUGACGCUGCAAUCGCCCUUCAUGCAGCUUUACGAGGGAAAGCAGUGGAACGAGACCAGCGGGCAGGACGCCCUGGGUACCGGCCCGUUGCAUCGGGCCUACCAGGCCAGUGACGGCUGGUUCUUUAUAGGAGUUCCGGCAUUGGCCCUAUCAAGGCUGUCAGGCUUGGAGGGACUGUCUGGAAUAGACUCCCUUCGGGGAGAUGCCCUGGCUUCUUCGCUGGAAGAGCGGUUCCAGGGGAACAGCGUGGCGUUCUGGGUGGAGCGACUGGCCGCCGCCGGCAUCGGCGCGCAGCGGGUCGUCACCAACGUCAGGGAGCUGAUGACCGACCCCUGGGUGGUGUCCCACGGACUUAGCGUUACCCGGGAGCACGACGAGUUGGGAAUGGUGACUACUUGCGGUCCCGCGCCGCGACUGUCGCGCACCCCGGUGCGCCCGGGCAUACCCGCCCCCAAACCUGGUUCCCACGCCCCGGGAGAUUCUGGAAGAACAUGGCUUGGGGAGCCGUUACCAAACCUUGCUGGAUUCGGGAGUGAUACUGACUGA